AUGAGCGAAACGAAUGGAGAUGCUAUCGAACAACCGCAGAAGGAAAAAGAGACGGAUGAGGCUGAAGGAGAAAUGAGAGAUCUUCUUUCGCCUGAUCGACGUGUGAUGCAGGUUUUAAAAGCAGCCGGGGAACAAAUUGAGGCCAUUGAGGGUCCGGCACCGCCAAAAAUCGAAAAACCCAUCAAUGGACACCGAGAACAUCAUCCCCCACCGGCCAAACCAAAACGGGAAAAACAUCCAAUGUCAAAAAUCUGUGAAUCGCUCGAUCUGGCGGGAAACAAGUGUAAACAACGGGCAAUUAUUGGAUUUGAAUAUUGCAUUCGGCAUAUUUUGCUCGACCCCGCAGCCCCAUACCAUCAAUGUAUGCAUCAAAGGAAACCGAAAAAAAAAAGCGAACCAAUGGCCCAAUGUACAAAUGCGGUCAAGAAGAAUGGUCCCAGUUACUGUAGUAUUCAUUUGAUAAUGCAUGGCAUGAAGGAACCGAAGAAGAAGCCCGCGCCGGCCGGUUCUCAGGGAAAUUCAUUGAAUGGAGGGUCGCAGCCACAUUCAGGUGUACCGUCAGUGGAAACGGCUGGCCCGUUCUCACCCCAAACCCAAAUGAUGGGAAUGGGAGGCCCUGGUUCGGCUCCACCGCCCUCACUACCAUUAACGUCUCCAUUGUCUUCCCAUCCAUCUACAGCCCCACCAUCUCCACACAUCAACAGCCAUGGUCAACCCACCAACCAGCAUAUGAUGUACCUUGGUCAAAGACGCCCGGAGAUGCUGCCACCCCACAACUUCCCCGGCAGCCCGGUCGACUACCAUGGAAUGCGACAGGAUUAUAAUACGGCGAUGAUGCACGAUGGUCAUAUGAACUCAAGGAUGAUCCGUUCACCACUCCCUACAAUGCAGCCACCGCCGUCAGCUUCGAUGCCUAAUCAGAUGCCGUAUGGGGAUCGGAUACCCCAUCCACAACAACACCAUCAAAUCCCCUAUCGACAGCUGCCGCAUCCGAGUCAAAAUCUCCCAAAUCAGCCCUUCACCCUUCCAAGUGCACAACCCGGUGCUCAUCCUGGACCAGCCCCUAAAGCUCCCGCCCCUACGCAUACGAUAGAAACAAGAGCUCUUCCGAAUGCUAUGAUUGAAACGAGGCCGUUGCCACCAUUGGCUGCAUCAAUUCAACACAUUGCCAUCCAGCAGCCUAGCCAUCAGCAAAAUCCACAGGGCCAUAUGCAACAAAUGAUGGCCCAGCAACAACAUCAGCAGCAGCAACACCAACAACAACAACAACAACAACAACAGCAACAACAACAGCAGCAGCACUUCCAACAGCAAAUGACCCACCAGGCCCAACAGCAAGCGCAACCACUCCCUCAACAUUCACCACUUGAGCAGAAUCGGAAGAACAGCCAACAAAACUUCGUCCAACCCCCCAUCAUCCAGCAUCUACCUGGGCAGCAACAUGCGCAAGUCCAAAUGCUCCCACCGCCAACCGCCCCCGCACCAGUCGUCGUCCAAGGACAAGUCAUCCAACCUCAACAGACCCAACCUCAGACGAUGCAGCAGAACAUCCCGCAGAAACAGCAGAAUGGUCAACGGCCAGCGCAGCCAGGACAAAUCGCACGGCAGCAUCCCCAACUCGCUGCAAGGCUCAUGGAGCCGAGCCCCCCGGAAUACCAACAACCCCAGCCUCAACUUGCCCGCCAAGGAUCUCAGCCCCAGAUGCAGUCUCCCGCACCUCAAAAUGGCCAACCCAACCAACGGCAGCUGCAGCAACAUCAACAACAACAACAGCAACAUCUUCAGCAAAAACCACAACAACAGCACGUCAUGCAACAACAACCUCCUCAACCUCAACAGCACUCUCAACAGCCGAUCCCAUCGCCAGCGCAGCAACCUAUGCAGCAACCCCAGCCAUCUACCUCACAACAACCCCAACCUCCUCAGAUGAUACAGCAGAAUGGUCAACAACUCCAGAUGCGUAAUGGGCAACAGGUCCAAAUUCAACAGCAAAACCAGCAAAACAUCCAGCAGAAUGGUCAACAUCUACAACGACAACCGCAACCAUUACAUCCACUGGUACAUGAGCAGUUCCGGCUAGACAUCGCGCGACGAACACCACUUCCGGCCAUGGCUCCCCAAAUCCGGACCCCAUCACCAGAACCGGAGAAUAACGACCGCACAAAAAUUAUCCUUCGACAAAAGCGAAAACGUCCCGCGCCGACCGGUGAAUACAUGCAAGUGGCUGUCGUAGAACAUAUGUGCAAACAAAUGGAGGAUGCUGACUUUGAUAACACCGAUCUCUUUCCUCUUGGGCUGGAGAGCUCGGAAGAUGAGUCGGAAGAUUUUUCGGCGGGUUACGACUCGGAGCAGGUCUCCUUUUUCGCCACCGAUGAUGACCAGAUCUCAACCGAACUUUACCUAACGAAGAAACAAUUGCAACUCGACAAGAUCUCACUCAUCAAAAAGACCGAUUUGAAUGGGGCGUUGUUGGCAGCUGCAAAAAGGUGUCCCACGGCAGCUGGAGCAGCUUUAAAGCAUCGAGAGAAGAAGCCCCCAAACGCCAAAAAGGUCGAAGAGCCAGCCUCACUUGGGGUCCGAACCUGUACAAAAGCGGAUCCUGGUGGCGAGCGCUGUAUGCUACCAUGCCUGCCGAUGUCCAACCACUGCGCCGAGCACAUCCUGUACAACGUCUCCCAGAAGUUGUUCAGUUACUGCCAGCAUAGUGGGUGUGGUCGCCCAGUUAUGGCAAUUGAGCAAAUGUUGGAUGAAGGAUACUGUCGAUAUCAUAAAAAAGAUGGUUUCCCAGAGCCUGAACGAGAAACAUCGACAAUGUCAUCAAUGUCGUUAAUGGAUUUGGAUAUCCUCUCCGAUACGGACCCAAGUAUGCCAUGUACUUCCACUGUUGACGAAGGCGACUGGGACGACAUUGGAGAAUUUUUGCAAAGCGAAGGCUACAUGGACUCUUUACAAUUCUUCAAUCCGGAUGCAUCUGGGGAGCUCAGCAUC